GCAACGCGUAUAUUUUGCAGCUCACCUCUCUCCGGAGCCGCAAAUCAUUCGCACGUGUCCAAUCGCAGAAGAUUCAUCCCUCGCCGAAAUCACGCAUCGUAAUGAGCACACACAUCGAUCCUUAAAAAAAGAAGAAUCUCCGAGAGACGUGAGCAGCGCGAGACCAUAAUUUCCACACAGUCGGCCAGCUGAGCGUCGCGCAGGUGAAAACGAAAAUUGAAGCUACAAAUACGGCAACGGCCUGCAGAGAGUAGCGGGCGCAGAACCUCGCGCUUGCAUUUGCAUUACGGCAGAAGAUGAUGUUCCUGAAAGCCGAGACCUGUCUGCAACCUUCGGACAACACGUGCAGAGUGCGACGAGUAUAGCUUGCUUACGUCUGCCUGUUGGCCUUCAUAGGCCUGGGCAGUUCUUCGGAGAUUGAGAAAGUGAUGCCGUCACGAUUCGAGAUCGAGAGUUCGAUCAACAGGACGAUCGAGGAGGUAGAGAAGAUGAUCCAAGAUAACCCCAGCCUCCCGAAGCUCAGUCGAGCCGAUAUCGUCAACAUUUUGUACAACAUAACAGCCAAGGAUAUGCAUUCGAUAGAAGACGAAGCUCUGGAAGCCCUCGAAAAAACUCGGGCGGAUUAUCAGAGAGCACUGAUGGUGGUGCUCCCAUACAAAGUCAAAGACUCUGGAGAAAAUUUGGACGAAUUAUACACGAAGCCACCUAUGGUUCAAAUGGUCGCAGACGAAGCUUCGGAUCCGAAGAAAGAUUCUAGAAUUGAGACUGUUUACAACCCAAGUCUUUUUACGCAAAGCAAUGCUCAGCAAUCCGAGAAUCUCAUUGAGAAUAAGCACCAACUGGUCACGGCUCACAUGAGGUUCGGAGACUCUAAGAAAUCAAAAAUAGACGAAAAUAAGAAUUUGAAGAGCUUUAGUCAAGUGACCACAACGACAGCUAAAACUUUGACUAAUGAAAAAUCGGAGUUUGAACCGCAGAAGUUUACUUUCAACUUGGAGGCCCUCGACCAAAGAGCGGAAGCCUCUCACACGUCGAUUGCAACCAAGCGACCAAUCUACAAAGGCACUUUUUCGCGAUAUAGGACCAGUACGCAAAAACCGCCUAAACUAGAAGUUAUUUACAGUACGACAUCAAAAACAACACCGAGAACAACGACGACGACAGAAGCUCAGACGGAAACAACGACUGUACUGAAUAAGUCUACGCAGAAUAUCUUGUCGUCGGAUCAGUGGCAAUACUAUGCUCCGCCGACCACGACGACAUCGAGAACGUUGAAACCCGAUGAUUCACCGUGGAAGCCAAUGUUGCCUUCGAAAGGCUUCUUCCUUCCGACAGUUUCAUCCGACGAAUCCGAUGAGCCUAAUUUCUCUAUUUUGAAAAUGGAAGAUUUUGAAAAGGUCAUGCAAACCACGACAACGGCUAGACCUUCGCCAAUUUUCGUAACACCCAGUGUCACCACACAUCAAAAGAAAGUGCAGUCUAGCAUUGAAAAUACAGGCGAAGGUUUUAAAUUAAGAACCACAACUUCUUCCACCGUCCCUCCAGCACCGAUGCGAGAGGAAGUGGAACAGCUACUGAAAUCCAUAGGCUUGCAACCAAUAAAACCAGCUAAACCGCAAAACGAUUUUAAACUUGACCAAAACAGCCUUGAUGCAUUAUUGAAAGCUAAUUUCGAUAACGCCAAAAUCAAGAGCACUAAAUUCCAAACAGUAAAAACUGACGUACUUACGCCGAUAAAGGACAACUCGUUCAAAGCUCCUACAUCAAGUAUCAAGGAUCGGGUAAAGAACCUAUCACCUGAGAUACAAUUGUUGUUCCAGCAGUUUGGACUGCAAGUACCAGGAUCAGUGGGUAUACCAACGACAACGACAACUACAACGACCACUCCUAGGCCAACGAUUCCGACCAGCGUCAAUUCCUACACUCAUUUCAAACCCCUGCCUACUGCUCCAGUCAAGGACAGGGAUUUUCGAAAUUUCUUAGCGAGGUUCGGAUUGGGAACUGGAGAAAAUCGUAAUCAAAAAGCCAUGCAACCCAAGCAAGUUACCAAGAGACCGUCUCUGAUUGAGGCAGUGCCUGAAAACAUGAAGAAAAUUUUGGAAAACAUAGGUUUGAUCAGAAAAGCGCCAAAAGUGGAGGUGGACUUUGAACCCAACUUCGAAAUUCAAACGCAACCUCCAAGUUUCGUAGAGCUAACCACAACACCAUUGAACGAGCAUAUUUUCAAACCCUAUGAGAUAGAGGUUAACGAUAAGGAGCAGAACGAAAAAAUCAAGAACCUACUCAACACCGUUAGGAUGGUUCAAGAAGGCAAAGCCAACGUACAGGACGUUCAGAGAGUAGCUCACAACCUUCUUCAGAGCACGAAAUCUCUGGCGAGUGGACCUGACCCACUUAAAUUGGAAGAGAUCCUGAACAAUUACAGAGACAAUUUGAAAAACGAAGUCAAGAGGCAGGAGGAGCAAACCACAACCGUUGCUUCCCCGACAACGGAGGAGUUGGACGAAACGGCGCUAUCAUCCAUGGCGACAACCGAUUCUUCCGGUUCAUUUUCCGAGAUCUCGGAGUCGUCGACUUCAUCUGGCGUAGACUCCAAGCCAUCGAAGGCCGAUCAGUCAUCUUCGUCAUCGUCGACCGAUGAAAAGGCAGCCAAACCUUCUUUCUUCGACACCUUCGAUAUUAACGCAUAUCUCGACAAUAGUACCGACACUGCGAGUAGCACCGAGACUUUGUCAAGCUCAGGUUCCACUUCAAAACCUAGUGUCUUUGAUUCCAUCGAUGCGUACAUCAAAAUGACUGCAAGCGAGAAUGCCGCCAAAAACGCAAAUCCUAGCAUCAGCGAUCUCGAAGAAUCAUUCGGUGGCAGUACGCCCGAACCCGAUCCCGUAAUACCAACGAGACCGAAGACUGGACUCUACUUUUUAGUUGACUGGAACACGUUUUUGGAAGUAGGCGAGGAGGGCAAGGAGAAGGUCAAUCUGAGAUUCGCGCCAAAAGUCGGUGAUAGAACAAGAUUCAUACCAGUCAAAGUACCGUAGGAAUUUGAGUUUAAAAUUUUUGACGUUAUUUUUGUCUUUUCAUUGUUUUUAGAGAAUUUAUAUCUAAAUGUGAAAUUAUCGUUGACUUUUAUCCUUUUUUUCAUGCGGAUAAUAAUUUUCGUCGGUCAUUAUUAAAUAUUCUAGUUUUUGUUACCCAUUGCUACAAUCAAUGAUUACGCAUUGCUUUUUCAUCGUCCUAGUAAAAGUGAAAAUUCUUAAUAUGCGGUUGAACGUAAGAGUUAUUUAUGUAAUUAAAUUAUACUGCCAUACGCAUACAAGUAAACUUUAGGAUAACGUUUCCAUCAUGAUGCUUUUAAGUGGCGUGCAUUAUUAUACCUAUAAUAUUUUCUACAGAGUUUUAUAUUAUAACUCAUACAAGCCAAUUGUUUUGAGGCUCUUAUUCAAUCAAAUAUCAAAAUUUGUGUCUUAUAAGUUAAUAAUUAAAUGUGUUCGAUAAUUUAUAAUAUUGUAAAACUGGCCUCUCUCGCCAAGUAAGACCACAAGUAAUGUAUAAGGAUACGUGAUGAUUUUAUAGAUGUAGCCAAAAAUAUUAUUUAUAUCUAACCAACAAAAUUAAAAUUUAAGAAAAGUUUUGAAUAAUUUGUAAUAAUGAAUCUUUUAUACGAAAAAUAUUGUUAUACACGAUGAUUGUAAAUAAUAAUUUUAAUAAAGUUGAUGUAUUUAUCUAUG